UUGAUCUGGAAAUUGCACAGACGUUUGCGGGAGAUUAUACCUGGUGUAAACGGAAAUUAAACUCGAUAACCGAGAACAUUGGCUUUUAAGCAAAUAAAUAAAUAGUGGAAGAAAGCAUGAUUUAUCUGCGUUUCUUAAGUUUGUUAGUUUUAAAAAUAAAAGUUAUUUUAAGCUUCCUACCAAGAAAAACAGGAAGGAAUCGGAAGAUCGAAGGAGAGACGAAAGUGAAUGCGCACACGUUGGACAGAGCUGCUACAGAGUGCAGGGUGGCCAACAUAAUCAAGGGAGAUCCUGACUGUGCCGAACUACAAGCCCAUUACAAGAAGCCAGGGUCAUCCUAUGAGCUGAAAUACUCCGGGAGAAACAUUGUGAACGACCAUGGGGCCUUCAUUAUCAUGGAAAGCUGUGAACAAGCAGAAAACAUUGCUAUCUCACUCACAAGCGCUGUAGUCCUGGAGCUCCCAGUCCAAACUUCAGCCAACCCCAGAACCGCUAGUAAGGAAACCAGUGCUCUUACGAAGCAGGUCUGUUCCAGUGAUUCACCUGAGCAAUUAGGUCAAAGGGUGUUUUGUUCCGAGUCAGGCAGUCUGGAAGGCUUCCAAGAAGGUUGCGGUGGCCUUGAAUUGACAGAAGGCAAGUCUGACCCUGUGAGUCCAAUCCAAGAGACAAUGCCUGUAGAUAGUCUCCUACACGAUGCACCUCCAGGAGCAAAAGCCUUGAGCCAGGAGUCUGGGUGCAAUAUCUGGGCUCCCAUUCAAGACACCACCCACAUGGCUGGAUCUCAGUUUGAAGGGCUUUCCUCCCCUCCUGCUGGUACUGGAGACCUUCUGUAUCCUAGAAGCAGAUCUGAUGUUGACAAACUUGAAUAUCCCAAUCACAAUCGUUCCUGCGCAGGCACCUCUUCCAAAAUUCCUCCUUGUUCCGGAGUGGUUCAGACCUGGUCCCAGACAUUCAGUGAACCAGAUUUUGCAAUUUGGGAAAGUCAGGCAGGAAGCCAAGGAAGCAAUCCUGAGAUGUCAAAGCCGGACAACGAAAUGCUGGUUUCCUGCUUGCUUUCUGAGAGCAGUUUACAGGCUGACGGACAUUCCGUUAAAGACAAAAGCAUCUUGUCUGCCGCUAGUGUCUGUGAAAGCCAACCUAUGACCAACAAUUCCCUUCGCAAAGAUACCGUUUCAGACGCCUGCCUUGAAGUAUGCCCCUCCAGUGUCACAAGUCUUACCGCUUCUCCUCCUGUGGCAGCAUUGAUGAACCAACCCUUGUUUCUGAUUGAGAAAACCGUAGCUGGAGAAAAAAUUUGGGAAGAAAGACCAAAGGCGACUGUUUCCAAAAACGUGGCUUGCACCCCAGAAAAAGAAUCUGCUGACCUCUCAACUCCUGCUGACCUUUCAACUCCUGCUAACCUGAACCAUCUUGUGGUUGAUGCUACAGAUAAUCGGGGCGUCACUCGCCUCCGCUCGGUUAUCCCAAACAGAGAACCGUCAAAGAAGUCAUCGAUUCCCUUGAUUAACACUGUGGGCCCCCGUAACUCUGCUGUGAGUAAAAAUAAAUCCAAGCCUACAGUUAAAAAGAAGACAAAAUCUAUGUUAACCUGGUUGGUAUUUUUGUGCAGCAUCUUUCCUGUGGAAUUGAUGGAUGCAUGUAUUGGACAGAGUGCUUCCCUCCUUUUCCCCUACAAAGUGAAUGGCUUGACCAGUGUGAGUCAUAAGACAAAAGACCUCUGCCAUCUCAGUGUUAGCGAUGCUUUGGCUGGCUCCUGUGUUUCCUGUUCUGGUCUGCAGCUGUGCUUCAAUGAAUCUCUCUACCCUACUCUGCACUUCCCAGCAGUGUCUGUAAAAAACAAAGGGACAUACACAGUCUCCUGGGAAGUGAAAGAAUCAGUACAUGGGCAUUCUGACAGUCAGGACCUCAAUGUUAAUGAAUGUGUGACUGUGUCUGUGCUGGACCAGUUUCCAGGCCAGAAUGCCACCCAUGUGCCAGUAGAUCAAGAAAAGAAAAACAGACUAUGCAUCACCUACUUUGGCAUUCUAGUUUGUAUUGGCAUUACUGCCUUGCUUGCCAUUGUAGGUCUAGCUGGGAUUGCAAAAUGUCAACAAAAGAAGAACAUGGAUGAGCCGCAGGAAACCCGCAAUGGAUUUCUGGAUUCGAACCAGGGAGCCAGUUCUGGAGACGAGGAAGCAGGGAAUGGGCUGUGCCAGAACAAUGAAACCCACUUUUAACUACUCAUUUUUUUCUAUGACGCAUGCUUUUGUACUUCCCUUUUUUAGCAUUCUGUAAACCAUAUUAUCCUUUUUAAACAUUAAGCAACAUAUAUUAAUGUAAUACUACCAUUACUAAUGUAAUUAUUGAGUAAACAUUAUAGACUUAAAUUCCUCAUAACAAUCCUGAUAAUUAAAGAAAGACAGAGCCUCGCCUUACAAGGGCUGUUGCAGAAAACCAUUGAAAAGAAACCUGGAACUCAUCCGCUGCCCUGCAGGCUCCUGAUUACUGUGCUGUACUUUAUGUAGGUCAAAUAAAACACCUUUCUUCUGCU